AUGAAUAACUACCGCAUUGUUAUGAUUGGUAAUGCAUAUGUUGGCAAAACUGCAUUAAUUAUGAAAUUUGUUAAUAAAACAAUACAACAACAGUAUGAAGAAACAGUUGGCGCUGCAUUUCAUACAUUCCAAACUAAAUAUGAAGAUAAGCAGUAUACAGUUCAAGUAUGGGACACUGCAGGACAAGAAAAAUAUCGUUCCCUUGGCCCGGUUUACUAUAGAAAUUCUUCUGCAGCCAUUGUUGUUUUUGAUAUUACAGAAAGACAGUCUUUUCUUGAUGUUGAUUCAUGGAUUGAAAACUUUAGAAGUUCAACAGGUCCAAAGCCAUUGAUAUUUAUUGUUGCAAACAAAGCAGACCUUGAAUCUACUCAUAGAAUUGAUGAAGUAGAAAUACAGCAAUAUGCAGAAAAGAAUGGAUAUCAGUAUUUCAUUACAUCCGCACUUACAGGAUUGAAUGUGGACUUCCUUUUCCAAUCUGUCUCUGAGCAAGUCAUCAAACUUGGCAAUCAGGGACUUACGACAACAACUACAGUCUCAAAAAAGUUAAAUGAUGAAAAGAAAGAUUCAGCUUGCUGCUAA